AUCCUGGAGAGCACCAGCAAGUCGACGCAAUUCCACAAGACGCAAGCACAACGCGAUGCCGAGCGCACAUACUCGGCCAAGGAUCUCUCGCAGCAAAUCCCACGGCGGUGGAAAGCUGGCGAUGUCUACGCGCCGCAUGAUCUGAGCGGUGUGGAAAUGUCAAAGUGGAAGAAGCUGCGCAGGAAGCCGAGACCAAAAUACGACGUCCUCGAUCAACUGGGCGUGAAUCCUCUGGAUCACUACAAGAACUUCAGCAUUAUGUCGGAGUAUAUCACGCCGAUGGGACGAAUCCGACACAGCAACGAUACUGGGCUACGACCUGUGAAUCAAAGAAAAAUGGCAAAGGCGAUACGACGCGCGAUGGGCAUGGGUCUGAUGCCGGGUGUCCACCGACAUCCCGAAUUGCUGAAG